UCAAACCAGCCCCUCAUCUCAUGCAUUUCCUCCACGCCACCAACUUUUAAUCUUCCUUCCGCAUAGACAAGUCUUACAUAACUAAGGUCCUACCUAGUUAACAGCAAUGACAGCCCCAGAUCAAGAACCAGAUCGCGGAGCGUCCUCCAACCUCCCCAAACCCAAGUUCCGCCUCCAGAUCCACGACCUCCGCCAUCCUGCCUCCCAAUACUUCCUAACCCUGAUUCCCGACCUCGCAUCUACCCUCGAAACCGCCUUGGAGGCCAUCAUCCAGAACCUCUACACCCCUCCCCCCCUUCUCCCCAGCCCAAACAACAACACCAACACCAACACCAAACACACUCCAAACCCUCCUCCAACAUUCACUCCAUGGUUCCCCCCAACCCGCUCCGUGACAGUCCUGCUCCGGGAUAUCGGCGGCGUCGCCUACACAACAGGCACCGAGCUCGACAAUGACCAUAAAGAAAUCCACAUCUCCCUCUCCUACAUUGAUAAGCACUGCCGUAGCAAAUCCGAUCCUCUAGCCGAACUAGUUGGCGUGAUCACCCACGAACUCGUCCACUGCUACCAAUAUGCGGCUCCACGCGUCCCCUCUACCGCGGCGGAGAAAGAGAUCCCCCAAGCGCCGGGGGGUCUCGUCGAGGGCGUGGCGGAUUUUGUGCGUCUCAAGGCUGGACUGGACCCGCCGCAUUGGAACCGCCCCUCCUCUGCGAAAGAGAGGGGGGGAAAGUGGGACCAGGGGUAUCAGCACACGGCCUAUUUCUUAGCCUGGCUUGAGGAUGUGUGGAUUGGGAAAGGAGCGGUGGGGAUGUUGAAUGAUCGGUUAGCGCGGGUUGGGUAUGUGGGUGAGGAGAAACCGAGGGAUGACGAUGAGGAUGAUGGGAAGGAAGAUGGUCAGGGGGUUGGAGGUGGUAAGAAGGGAGGCUUUUGGAAGGGGUUGUACGGGGCGGGGAUUGAUGAGCUUUGGGAGGAGUAUGGGAAGUAUCUAGAUGGUAAGUCGGUUGGUAACGGAACUGGGAAGAGGGGAUUGUAAACCCGGUUGAUUCGUAGUCGGCUUACCAGUAAUUUGGAUGUAUGUACAUACCUACCUACCUUCUCGAUAGAUACCUAUGAAUCUGCUCGUUCUUUCAACUUCGUAGGUUAUCCAAGUAAUGCGGUACAAGAAAGCGCACCUUUGAGAUCAUAUGUUAUACAUUUAUCCAGCACAUCUAUGUACUUAUCUAUCUAGAAACGUAUCACCUCUGUUAAUAGUUUUAUUCCGAGGACCGUC